AUGGCUGAACCGUUAACUGGUGCUGUUCAAGGAACAUUUGCAUUUGCAACAGUUCAUGAUAGAUGGCCAAAAAUAUUAACCAAAAUUAUUGAUCAACUUCAUAGAAAAUAUUUUGAGAUAACAAAUUUGAAAGGAGAAAAGGCAGGAGAAGAAUUAACUGGAAUUAUUAAUAAAGUUGCAGAAAUGCGAUAUCAUAUAAUGACAAACAAAGGAUUAAGAGAAUUGAACACUUCUAGUGAUAAUUGUUUAUAUUGGAAUGAGUAUAUAAAAAAAUUAAGAGAAUUAGGAAAAGAUAAUUGGUUUGAAGGAGAUUGGUUAUUUGUUGAAUGUUAUAUGUAUCGGAUGAUUUAUGAAUUUAUUAUUGAGACAAAUCUUUUAAAAGAUCUUGAUCCAUUUGAGGCUGAAAAAUUAGAUGCAUAUAAAUCUUCAGAAAAAUGUAUGAUAGAAAUUAUUAAUAUGUUAGAUAAAUUUGAUAUGAAGGAAAUGAUUUUAAUUUCAUUAUGGGCUAAUAAAUAUGAUUUGUCAUUAAGUGGUGGUGAUCCAGUUACGGCAGUUAAAUCAUUUUUAAAAACAGCCUUUUCAAGUCAAGAAUAUAUACUAGUAGAUGACAGUAUACGUGUUAUAUACUACUUAAAAGAAACGAUGCCUUUAAAUAGAAUAGAUAUUGUUACGGAUAACUUUAGUUUAGAAUUUUUUACUGAUUUAUGUUUAGGUGAAAAAUUAUUAAGCAAUCAAACUGCUAAAACUAUAAAAUUUCAUAUAAAACCAUUUCCAUGGUUUGUUUCUGAUGUUACAUUUAAAGAUGCUCAGUAUAUGAUUGACUCAAUGAUUAAUUCUGAUGACAUUGGAUUAAAAAAAUAUGGAAAUAUAUGGAAAAAAAGAUUGGAAGAUGGUUCAUUUAUUUUUGAAACAAAUAAAUUUUGGAAUACAGGUGCUUCAUUUUUUGAGAUGAACAGUUUAGCUCCAGAUUUGUAUAAUGAUAUUAAGUCAAAUAGUGGUUUUGUUAUUUUUAAGGGAGAUUUAAAUUACAGAAAAUUGGUAGGAGACAGAAACUGGAAUCCAACAGAAUCAAUUUUAAAAUCAAUUUUUUCUUUUGACAUCUUUCCUUUUCUUGCUUUACGAACAUUGAAAUCAGAAACAGUAGCAGGUUUGUCAAAAGAUACAUAUGAACUUGUCAAAGAAGUGCCGUCGUGGAUGGUAUCAGGUGAAUAUGGAUUAAUACAAUUUGCGAUACAAAGGGAUUAA